UAGCCAUCCAGCAUUUUUGUAGAGAUAGGGUUUCCUUUUUCCUUCGAAGAAAUUUCUCGUUAAACCCUUCUCUCUCUUUAUUCCGUCCACAGAAAUGAGCAAAACUCACCCACAUUGUCGACGUGACAUCACGUGGAUUUUACUCUUUCUGCUUCUUGCUCUUCUUCUUCCGUGCGUGGUUGAUGGUGACGGCGACGGCGACGGCGAUCGGUGUAAAUGCAAAAGCGAUAAAGAAGAAGGUGGAGAAAAGGUUGACAAGAAUUUGGCCAAGAAGUACAAAAUCGGAGCUCUUGUUUCGAUUCUGGUUGCAAGUGCAGUUGGCGUCAGCCUUCCAAUGCUCAGCAGAAUUUUCCCCGCCUUGCAUCCGGAGAAGGACUUCUUCUUCAUGGUGAAGGCCUUCGCGGCUGGGGUCAUAUUAUCCACCGGUUUCAUUCAUGUAUUGCCAGAUGCUUUUGAAAAGCUGACGCCUCCCAGUCUCUGUCAUCAUCCCUGGGACGAUUUUCCCUUCGCCGGAUUUGUGGCAAUGGUGGCAGCCAUCGGAACGCUUAUGGUUGAUUCUCUUGCGACUGCGUAUUUUAAAAAGUCCUCGCUAAGCGCCAUGGACCGAGUUGCUGAGGAAGAAGAUCUGCAUGAACAUAAUCGCCAUGCAACUCAUCAUUCUCAUUCUCAUUCUCACGCUUCCAUGUCUUCUCCUUCGACGAACCUCCUUCGCCAUCGCGUUAUUUCUCAGGUGCUGGAGCUGGGGAUUGUGGUGCAUUCUGUGAUAAUAGGGAUCUCUCUGGGUGCAUCUGAAGAUCCUAAAACGAUAAGACCUCUUAUUGCUGCUUUAACUUUUCACCAAUUUUUUGAAGGCAUGGGGCUCGGUGGUUCCAUCUCACAGGUAUUGCAAUUUUGUUUAUUCUUUUGCUCAUUGAUUUGUAAUCGUAAAGUUUUUGGAAACUGA